AUCCAUACCACAGUUCACCAAUUCUCCCACAAUGGUGAUCAUGGUGGGUUUACCAGCUCGAGGCAAGACCUACAUCUCUACGAAGCUCACACGCUAUCUCAACUGGAUAGGAACACCAACUAAAGUGUUUAAUUUAGGCCAGUAUCGACGAGAGGCAGUGAGCUACAGGAACUAUGAAUUCUUUCUCCCAGACAACAUGGAGGCCCAGCUUAUCAGGAAGCAGUGUGCUCUGGCUGCCCUAAAGGACGUCCAUAAAUAUCUCAGCCGUGAGGAGGGUCAUGUUGCGGUUUUUGAUGCCACCAACACUACCAGAGAGCGACGGUCAUUGAUUCUGCAGUUUGCUAAAGAGCAUGGUUACAAGGUCUUCUUUAUUGAGUCUAUUUGUAAUGACCCUGACAUCAUUGCAGAAAACAUCAAGCAAGUGAAACUAGGCAGUCCUGAUUACAUUGACUGUGAUCAAGAAAAGGUUUUGGAAGACUUUCUUAAGAGAAUUGAGUGCUAUGAGAUCAACUACCAACCCUUGGAUGAGGAAUUGGACAGUCAUCUGUCCUACAUCAAGAUCUUCGACGUGGGCACACGCUACAUGGUAAAUCGAGUGCAGGACCAUGUUCAGAGCCGCACAGCCUACUACCUCAUGAACAUCCAUGUCACACCUCGAUCCAUCUACCUAUGCCGGCAUGGUGAGAGUGAACUCAACCUCAGAGGCCGCAUUGGAGGUGACUCUGGCCUCUCCACUCGGGGCAAACAGUAUGCCUAUGCCCUGGCCAACUUCAUUCAGUCUCAAGGCAUCAGCUCCCUGAAGGUGUGGACUAGCCAUAUGAAGAGGACCAUUCAGACUGCUGAGGCCCUAGGUGUCCCCUAUGAACAGUGGAAAGCCCUGAAUGAGAUUGAUGCGGGUGUCUGUGAGGAGAUGACCUAUGAAGAAAUCCAGGAACACUACCCUGAAGAAUUUGCACUACGGGACCAAGAUAAAUAUCGUUACCGCUAUCCAAAGGGAGAGUCCUAUGAGGAUCUGGUUCAGCGUCUUGAGCCAGUUAUAAUGGAGCUAGAACGACAAGAAAAUGUACUAGUGAUCUGUCACCAGGCUGUCAUGCGGUGUCUCCUGGCAUACUUCCUGGAUAAAAGUUCAGAUGAGCUGCCCUAUCUCAAGUGUCCUCUGCACACAGUGCUCAAACUCACACCUGUGGCUUAUGGCUGCCGAGUGGAGUCCAUCUACCUGAAUGUAGAAGCUGUGAACACACACCGGGACAAGCCUGAGAAUGUGGACAUCACCCGUGAACCUGAGGAGGCCCUGGACACUGUCCCUGCCCAUUACUGAAUCCUUUCCAAGUGGUCAGAUUGCCUCUGUCCUCGUUGCUUUCCUCCUGUAGGAACUGCUGCCCUUGUUCUCCCUAAGCAGACUCUGGCUUUGUCCUGAGAGUGCCCUACCUCCAGUGAAGAAGUCCGUAGCAGCUCCCAAACAAGUCUCAAUUCCUAAGGAGCCUACUUAGUCAUGGAUAAAGUUCUUCUUAAAUAACUAUUUUCUAAUGAAUAAAGACAUGUCUUCCCACCUAUAGGACGGGAAGAGGCUA